GUACCCUUCGAGUUUCGCAAUCGGUUCAGCCGGUCGUCCCAUCUAUCCCAAGGAACAAACAACGCGCACCAUUGUGUCUCUAUCCUACUGAGCGUUCUUGUCGAACGCGUGCAAGGAUAUGUAGGUGGUUAACUGAGCGGUUGGCGGUGUAUCAGGAGAACAGACAGGUAGAAAGGGAGCGGAACAAAGCGGAACGAAGAAAGAGGUCUAAGCGAGCAAACAAGAAAGGAAGGAGAGAUGGGUGCGAGAGAGGACGAGGGGCGGAACGAGGAAACGAAGAGAAAGAGAGAAAGAAAGAAGGAUGGUGGGGUUGGUACGAGCGACUCAAGCACGUGGAGCCUACUCCGUGUGUCUCGUUCAGUAGUGCUCUCGGUUGCCUUCGAACGAUUUCGCACCGGAUGUCCAUCGAGCUUGUUCGACGUAUCCAGCGCAGCACCUUCGGUCAAACGUAAAAAAAUCGAUCAAAAUCAUCGAGAAUGUGACCCGUUCGUCGUGACUGUUACUCACACCAAACAUCGCCAACGUAAUCGAAGAUCGAAGGCUGGUUUAGCGAUGGCUUUCGUACCGAAAAUUCUUCUGACGUGUGCUUUCUUUAUUUUACCGACCGCCAUCGCCUCGAUCGAACACACGGCCAACGAUCAUCGCGACUUUACCAAUCACAGACUCACCUGGCCGGUCUGGCCGUACCACGAGAAAUUCACAGGAUCUCGACACGAACACGACGAUAGGAGUUUCCAACAACAGGGUACCGUCAACAAUUGGAUUCGCAACGAUCUGUUCGAAAGAAGCAGCUCGACGAUCGCACCACUGCAAACAACCGCGAGUGGGGUCAGACAUCGCGUGGAGCAACGCGUUUACGAGCAACGAACCUCGAAACCGGAGAAAUUCAGCGCUGUCGCGGUUGCCGACUACACCGGCACCAGAGCCAUCGCUUACGCCGGUUAUCACAACAAUCAUCGUCACCAGCCGAGGGAAGUGGUCACACAGGGCUACCAGCAUCACACGACCACUCCGGCUACUUAUACCAGGCAUCAUCCUGGGAGACGAGUUUGUACCAGAUCAGUUCCCAACUCUGUCAAUCAUCAUCAUCGAAAUGGACAAAUUAGGUAUAUUAAUGUUAUUAAUGUUAAGACCGAUUCAUCUUCCGUUUUCUUGUGCUGUCCUGGAUGGACACAGGCGACUCGCUUGAGUUUUGGAUGUAAUAAACCUACUUGCCCUUCCCCAUGCUUAAACGGAGGUGUGUGUACCUCUCCUGGCAGGUGCACGUGUCCCAAAGGAUUUACCGGCAACCAGUGCCAGACAGACAUCGACGAGUGCGUGACAGAGAAGCCCUGCGAUCAACUUUGCAGAAACCUACCCGGAACCUACGAGUGCCACUGCAGACCCGGUUUCCAACUACAAAAAGACGGCCAGUCCUGUCGAAAGAAUAUCACCGAAGAUACAGCAUUCGAGGCUCGAGACUUGGAGAAUGAUUUCCACGAAACAACAACGACAAAGCGUCCGGCGAUCUCGUCGCAUGAUACAGAAAACGAGGUGACUGACGAUGACCUCGAUCAGGACUAUGAGAUUAUACUGAAAAGGCUUACCAAGCUCGAAAAGCAAUUCGCAAAAGGGAAGAAGAGAGAUACAGAAACGACGGACAUGACUGUCAAAGUUGCGUCUGUGGUUGAAACUAUUAACGAAAUGAAGAGAUCUAUCGAAAAUGUGCAACUCAUGCAGCAGGAGAUAUAUCAAAUGAGGAGCAAAUUGAGAGAAUACGAAUUAGAGAGAAGAAAAAUGCAACAUUUAACAAGUAGAGUGGUGGAACUGGAAAAUCGUUUAAGAUUACGUUGCAGAUCAGCAAUACCAAUGAACACUGGCUCAAUGAAGUUUUAAAAUUGCUAUAACGAAAGAAAAG